CGGUCGGUGACUGCACAGAGCGGACGUCGUGUGCUGUUAGUACCGGCCUGGCCCGGCGCUCGUCCACUAACGGCUGGCUGGCGCGCUUUAACCCGUCCACUUCUGCUUUAUCUCCCUCCCUCGGUGUGUCUUGUGCUGCUGAUACUGCUGAUAAACUGUGAGUGCUGUGAUGUCGGUGGUCGGUUUUGAUGUGGGCUUCCAGAACUGCUACAUCGCGGUGGCGAGGAGCGGCGGCAUCGAGACUAUCGCCAAUGAGUACAGCGACAGGUGUACACCGGCCUGUAUAUCGCUGGGACCCAAGAGUCGGGCAGUUGGAGCAGCUGCCAAGAUCCAGAUUGUGACCAAUGCAAAGAAUACCAUACAAGGCUUUAAACGACUGCAUGGCAGGGCUUUCGAUGACCCAUUUGUGCAGACUGAGAAAAGCAAGCUUGCUUAUGAACUUCAAAAUAUACCAAGUGGUAGUGUUGGAAUCAAAGUACAUUACUUGAAUGAAGAACGAGUUUUUGCCGUUGAACAAAUUAUGGCGAUGUUACUGAGUAAACUCAAAGAGACUUCAGAAAACGCACUGAAGAAGCCUGUGACUGACUGUGUAAUUUCGGUCCCUAGUUUUUUCACUGAUGUAGAAAGAAGAUCCAUGAUUUCUGCUGCUAAGAUUGCAGGGCUUAAUUGUCUGCGGCUGAUGAACGACACUACUGCAGUUGCUCUUGCAUAUGGCAUUUACAAACAGGAUCUACCAACUCCAGAAGAAAAACCAAGGAAUGUAGUUUUUGUCGACAUGGGACAUUCGGCUUACCAGGUUUCUAUUUGUGCAUUUAACAAGGGAAAACUUAAGGUUUUGGGAACUGCAUUUGAUCCCCACUUUGGUGGAAGAAACUUUGAUGAAGUUUUGGUAGAUUACUUUUGUGAUGAAUUUAAGACCAAAUACAAGCUAAACGUGAAGGCUAAUGUAAGAGCUUUAAUUCGACUACACCAAGAAUGUGAGAAAUUAAAGAAGCUAAUGAGUGCAAAUGCCUCUGACCUCCCAUUGAACAUAGAGUGCUUCAUGAAUGACAUCGACGUUUCUGGAAGAAUGAAUAGAGUACGGUUUGAAGAAUUCUGCACUGGUCUUUUAAGCAGAGUGGAGGCCCCCUUAAAAAGCAUUGUUGAACAAGCCAAAUUGCAGUUUGAAGAUAUCUAUUCUGUUGAAAUUUUGGGGGGUGCAACAAGAAUUCCAGCUGUGAAGGAGAGAAUUGCAAAGUUCUUUCACAAAGAAGUGAGCACAACCCUCAAUGCGGAUGAAGCUGUGGCAAGAGGAUGUGCACUGCAGUGUGCAAUUCUUUCACCAGCAUUUAAAGUGCGUGAAUUUUCCAUCACAGAUGUGGCUCCCUUUCCAAUCACGUUGAAAUGGAAAAAUUCAACUGAAGAAGGGCUUGGAGAAUGUGAAGUUUUCAGCAAAAAUCAUCCAACACCAUUCUCAAAAGUCAUUACUUUCUACAAAAAGGAGCCUUUUGACCUGGAUGCAUUCUACAGUAAUCCACGGGAACUCCACUAUCCAGAUUCCAAAAUAGGUCGGUUUACUGUUCAGAAUGUGACUCCUCAAAAUGAUGGUGAAUGUUCAAAAGUGAAAGUUAAAGUUCGAGUCAAUAUCCAUGGUAUUUUCAAUGUGUCCAGUGCAUCACUGAUUGAAAAACAGAAAGCAGACAGUGGUCAGAUUGACGAUGUUCCAAUGGAAACAGACCAACUAUCAAGGGACACAGCAAAUGCAAAAAUUGAUGAUCAGGGCACAAUGCAAGUUGAUCAGGAAGAAGUACAUUCGCAGCAAAAAGAUCAAAAUGAAGAGCAGAAUGAUGUUUCUCAAAUUCCAAGUACAGAUUCUGAAGAAAAAAAUGACCCAGCUGUAGAAAGUAAAGAUCAAAAACCCAAAAUAAAAGUGAAGAGUGUGGAAUUGGUAAUCAAAAGUGAACUUCCCAAACAGCUUGUUCAGGAUCAUCUCAACAAUUAUAUUGAAAAUGAGGGAAAGAUGAUCAUGCAGGAUAAGCUUGAAAAAGAAAGAAUUGAUGCCAAAAAUGCUGUCGAAGAAUAUGUGUACGAGAUUAGAGACAAAUUGUCUGGACUUUAUGAAAAAUUCAUCAAUGAAGCAGAUAAACAAAAGUUCACACAGUUGUUGGAAGACACUGAAAAUUGGCUGUAUGAAGAUGGAGAGGAUCAGCCUAAACAAGUCUAUAUUGAUAAACUAAAUGACCUAAAGAAUCUUGGCCAACCUGUUCAGGAUCGAUACAAGGAACAUGAGGAGAGACCAAAAGCAUUUGAUGAGUUGGGUAAAAAGAUCCAGCUUUUCAUGAAGACCAUAGAUGCAUUUAAAAAUAAGGAUGAAAACUAUGAACAUAUUGAUGCUGCGGAGAUGGCAAAAGUAGAAAAAAAUGUCAGUAGUUCCAUGGAGUGGAUGAAUAAUAGAAUGAUUGCACAGAACAACCAGAUGGUGUUCCAGGACCCCAUUGUGAAAGUAGCUGAAAUAAUAAACAAAGUGAAGGAACUGGAGUCAACAUGUGAUCCCAUUGUUAACAAGCCAAAGCCCAAAGUGGAACCACUUCCUGAAAAGGAUAAAGCCAAUGGGCCAUUGCAUGAGGAAAGUGGGAUUGAUCUAAAGCCUGAAUCUGCAGCAGCAGGUGGUGACAACCCCAAACCAACUGAGCAGCAAAAGCCUGUGGAAACCCGGAAUUCAGAAAUGGAAGUGGAUUGAAAAUAGCCUCUUUUAUAUUUAAGAAAAGUCCCUUUGGCGUCAUCUCAGACUGCAAUUUCUGUUGUACGUCUAGUUUACAUGGCACAUUCAGUUUUUUUUCUCAAAUGUACCUGGCUCGGUUUCUUUGGUAUUAAAAUGGUGAAACCUCAAAUCCUACCAGAUUGAUUUAAAUAUCGUAAUGCUGUUAGCUGCCGAUUUCUUUAUUUUGUAUCAUCUUUUUAGGGUUUUUGUAUCUGGUUUACAAGCACUUGAAGAGUCAGUCACUCACCCCCUUUGCAACUCUCCACUUCAUGCCUUAAUUCUAUCCUCUUUAAAUUGGAUAUCUUCAAAAUAUAGCAGCCACGUGUGCAACAUUUAUAAUUGAAAAAUGGCCUGGAUUAUUGUAGUGUUUAAACAUUGGUGUUUUAUUUUACAAAUGCUCCAAUGGAUUGUCGACUGGGAUCUGUGAACUUAAUUAUUUAAACUCUCACAUACAACAUGUAUUUGUAUAACCAAGGUUACUUUCCUCAACUAUUAAAUGACCAUCUUUAGCUGAUA